AUGAGUUUUUUAUUAGCAUUAAACGAAUCCAAGAAAAGUGCAGAAGGCUCUGUCGCAAGUGAUAUUACCGAAGAAGUAUUUGAAAAAGAAAUUCAUGAAAUGAAUAGUUUGAAUAUGAUCAUGCACAUUGAAGACCUAAGGGACAAAUCCUUUGUUGAUGUCAAGGAGAAAAAAGACGAAAAUAAAAUAAAGAUUAAAAACACAGAUGAGAAAGAAAAAGAAGAGAACGGCGAAAAAGAAGGAGAAGAAAAAGGUGGUUCUAUUAAGAACAGUUUUAUGAAGAUAUUUCAAAAGAAGAAAAAGAAAAAAAAGAAAAAAACAAAAAAAAUAAAAGAUCAUAAUAUAAAUAAUAUAUAUGAUUCGAAUUGUUUAUUAACUAAUCCUGAUAAUGUAGACCCAGAUAAAUAUUAUCUUUCAUUCAAUGAGUUGAAGAAAGAAAAUAAUGAAAAUGUUAAUGAAGAAAAUUAUUCUUCAAAGGAUAAACAAAAAAAUAUAGAUAAUUCUAAAGAUAUAGUUCAAAAUGAAGAGAAUAUGAAUAAAGAACAAAUAAAAGAUAAUAUGAAAAGAAAAAAAAAAAAAAUUAAACUUUCAUCUUAUGGUACUAAUUCAAUAGAAAAUGUAAAAAUGAAAAAGUAUGAUUCGAAUAAGAUUAAUAAUAUGGAUGAAACAUAUAAUAACAUAUAUAAAAAAAAACAAUCAAAUGAUUUAAAGGACAAGAAAUUGAAAACAAAAAGGUUUAAAAAUCUAAAAAAAAAGAUAACGUCACCAAAAUUUACAAUGUCAACAAAAACGAAAAAUAAAAAGAAUGGGAAUAUUAAUGAAAACAAUUUUAAUUUUGAUCCGGAUGAUGAUUUAAAAAAAGAAAUUGAAAAGAUAAAGAUUGAUAUUGAAAGAAUAAAAAAUAAAGGAAAUAUAAAAAGAAUGUAUGAUGAUUUAAAAUAUAUUUUAUUAUUUCAAAAUGAAAUCGUUGAUAUAAUAAUAGAAGAUAUUCGAAAAAAUAAAGUACGAACAAAAUAUGAAAUGCUAGAAGAUAGUACUGUAAAAGAUGAUGUUAAUAAAGUUAUAUUAAAUCAUAUUACAUUUGAUCUAGUAAAAUUUAAAUAUAUUAAUACGAAAUUAAAAGAAUUAAUUUUGUGUGUUUAUGAUACCAAAAAAUUUAAUGGCUUAGUAAAAAGAAUAGUAAAUAAUAAAGCACAUGAAAUGAGGAAAAUUGUAGACAAAAAUGGAGAAUUAACAGUUGCCAAAUCUAUGUUAUCUUUUUUAUAUAAACAAUUAAAAUACUGUAUUGAAGAUGAAAUACAAUGUUAUUAUAGUGAAGUAAAAAAAUUAAAUGAUGACAUUCAUAAUAUAAAAAGGAAUGUUAUGAAUAUUAUUUUUAAGUCUAUUAAUGAUGUAUGUACUAUGCCAGAUCCUUAUCAAAUAUAUGAGAUGGGUGAUAAAAUUAAUAGGAAAAAAGGUACAAAAGAAAACUAUAAUUUAAAUGAUAUUAAUGAUGAUGAACAAAUUAAAUGUGAGCAAAAUUUUGUGGAAUAUGAAAGAAAACAACAAAUGAUAUGUCCAGAUUACAGUAGCGAUUUAAAUUUAUUUUUUUCUCUCUAUGACAAUAUACAUAUAGAAAGAAAAAAGUAUAUAAAAAAUAAAUCAGUCAUGUUUAAAAAUUAUUGUACCGAUGUUGAUAAUGAUGAUGAUCAUAAUAUUAAUGACAAUAUUAAUCAUAAUAAUAAUGUUAAUAUUUAUGGUAAUAUGAAAAAUAUAAAAAUGUCAACAUAUAGAGUUAAUAAUAAUAUAUUAGAUAAAGAUGCUCAGUUUGUAACAUCUUCAAAAAAUAUAAAUGAAUCGUACAUACCUAAUUAUACGAAUAAAUCCAUUCGUUCAGUAGUAUCACAGAAUUAUGUAUCACCUUUUAAUAUGAUCGAAAAUCGACAUAAGACAGAUGAUUUUAUAUAUGGUGAUCGAAAUAGCAAUUAUUAUAUAAAUAAGAGUUAUGAGAAAACAUCUAAUAUUAAUAAUAAUAUUCCUUUAAAUGUAAAAUUCUUAAAUAAAAAUGCUGUUAAUGCUAAUUAUAAUGUUUCUAAUAUGAAAAUGAAAAAGGAACAUUAUUUGGAUGAUUUGAAAAAUUAUUAUUGCAAUAUAAAUAUUCCAUGGAUUGGUAAGACAUGUACGAAUCCUUCAAGUAGUAUGAGUAAAAAUAUUUUAAAAAGAAAAAGUAAUAAUAAAAUAAAAGGAAGGGUGAUUGAUGCUCCCUUAUUUCACAGUGCACCAGAUAACGAUAUAAAUCAUACAAACGAUACAUAUGAUAUAAAUAAUAUAGGUUUUGGAAACGAUAUAGACAAUAAUAAUAUAUUUGAAUAUGUUGGUUAUAAAAAUAGUGAUAUAUAUAAUAAGAAUAUAUAUCCAAAUAAUGAUGCUUAUAGUAAUUAUCAACAUGAUUCAUUUAAUGUUCCAUAUCCAAAUGAACUAUUUAAUAAGGAUCAUGUUAUGUAUAAUAAUAACCAUAAUAUGAUACAUGAUGAAAAUUUGGUAUAUAAUUAUGAUUAUAAAAUUAAUGAUGCGCAAAGAAAUAAUUAUCCACCAAAUAAUGUGCACAAUAAUCAUAUGAGAAACCAAAUGAAUAAUAUUUAUAUCGAUAAGGAUAUGUUGGAUGGACGUUUUCAUAAAAUGUCACAUAUAAUAAAUAAUAUAGAUGAAAAGUGCUAUGAUUAUGGGAAUUAUAAAUAUUAUAACUUGGGAGAAAAUCACAAUAAUUCAUUAAAUAUGUAUCAUAAUAUGAAUGGUAAUAUAUAUACCGAAAGAUUUGCAAAACAAUCUAAUGGUACUACCGUACGUUGUUUUAAAAGUGAAGUUAAUAUAAGGAAUAAAGAUACAAACAAAUAUAGUGGUUUUGAAAUAAUUUCAAGCAAAGAAGAUAUAAAGAAAUUAGAGAAUUUAUUAAAUGAUAAAUGGGGAAGUUUUAAAUUAUUUGAGAAAUGGAUUAAAGAUAGUUCUAAAUGGCAAUGGAUUGAUUUAAAACUUCAAAAAGAAUAUAUAAAUAGUAAUAUAGAAUUAGAAAAAUUGAAGGAAGAAAAAACGAAAUAUUUAGAAAAAUGUAUAAAUAAUAAAAUAAAAGAAUUAUGGUGUGGUCGUAUGAAAGGAUUAAUGAAUUUAAAGUUAUGUAAUAUGGAAAGAAAAAUAUUAAAACGUUUCUCAAAAUAUCAUAUUAAUCAAGAUAUCUAUGAUGUUGUUCUUGAUUUUGAGAGGAAUUCUAUGUGUUAUCAAGAUUUAUAUGCAAAGCUUUUAAAUAUUGAAGUAUAUAGUAAAAAAGUUGAUUUCAUAAAUAAAUAUAAUGAAUAUAAUGAACAGUUAGAUGCUGGAGGUGAUUAUAUAUAUAAAUAUAAUAAAGAUAAAAAAAAAGUAAAUGAUGAAAAUAAUAAAAUUAGUCAAAAGAAAAAAGGAUAUGUACAAUCAUUAAUUUAUAGUUUUAAUAAGAAAUCACAAAAAAGUAUUAACAAUAAGAAUAAUGUUCAAAUACAAAAAGAAAAAAAAUAUAAUAGUAUUAUGAAGGAUCCUACUACUUCGGUACAAUAUAAAAAUGAUCAUAUAUAUAAUAUUAUGGAUAUAUCAAAUAAUAGAGCAAAUGCAGUUAUUAAUAAAAUAGAAACCAUAAAUAAUAAAGCGGACAUAAAUAAUAACAAAAAAGAAAUACAUACGAACCUUACAGAAAAUACAAAUAAAAAGAAUAACCUUGGGGAUAAUAAUCGUAUAGAUGAAGAUACUACAAAAAAAGAUCAGACAUAUGAUAAGGGGAAAAAAGAACAAAAAAAUGAACCAAAGCAAGAACAAAAAAAAGAACCAAAACAAGAACCAAAACAAGAACCAAAACAAGAACAAAAAUAUGAACAAAAACAAGAACAAAAACAUGAACAAAAACAUGAACAAAAACAUGAACAAAAACAUGAACAAAAAAUAGAUCAAAAACUAAUGAAAAAGCCAAAAAAUAUAUAUAGUAAUGCUCAAUUGAAUAAUAUGACACAUAUAGGUAGUUUUUCAAUUAAGAAAAAUAAAUCACAUUUUGAUAUCAGUCUACAAGAUUCAGGUGGUUUGGUGAAUUCAAAAAGAAAUUCGUUUAAUGAUAGCUUUUCUUUAUUUAGAAGUGAAUGCAAUAAAAGAAUUUCGGAUAUUUCUUUAUCAAGCUUAAAAAUAAAGACAAGAGAUAUUAAUAAUGAAGAAGAUAUUUCAUUUGAGUCUUCAAAAAUUGAUGAGGCGGAAGGAGAAGAAUAUGGGGAAGAUGGUGAUAAUAACGAUGAUGAAAAUAUAGAAAAAACAAAACGUACGAAAAGUAAUUUAAGUACUUUUCGUCGAUUAUUUAAUUUGAAAAGAAAGAAAAAGGAUAAAGAAGAAAAACCUAAAAAAUCAGACGUCUUUCCCUCUGAAUCCUUUUUAUCAUAUUUUAAAAGGCAACCUUCAAGUGAUAAUGCUAAUAAUAGUAUGAUACAUAAAAAGGAAAAUGUUCAUAAUUUAGAUAUAGAUAAUAAUAUGGAUGAUGAUAAUAAUAAAAGUAGUGUUGUAUUGUUAAAUAAUAAAUCUUUAUCAGUAGAAGGAUAUAUAUAUGAUAAUGAAAGCAUAAUUAUAGAAAAAGAAGUAGGUGAACAUUUACAUAUAGAAAAUAUGGAAGAUAAACAUAUUUCAUUAGAUGAUAUAAAUAAUGAAGAAAUAUAUGAUAGUCAUAGUAAAUCAUCCAUUAAUCAUAACAUAUACUUAAAUGAUAUAAAUAAAAUAAAUCAAAUCAUGGAACAAACAGAACACAAGAAUUAUGCACAUAAUAUAGAUUUGAUUAAAGGUGUAAAGAAUAAACCAUUUAAGGCUGAUGAUAAAAAUACCAUAAAAGAAAAGAAUAAUAAAAUUACUGAGAAGGUUACUGAUUUGAAUGAUUCCUAUUCAUUUUUGAAUAGUAGCCGUAGUUCUGAUGAGGAAAAUGAUAAAGGAGAAUGUAAGCAGAGUAACGAGAUGUCGAAUAUUGAUAACAAACAUGACAAUACUGGUAAUGAUAGAAAUGAACAUAAUGGUGAUUAUAAAAGUAAUCCAGAGAGUAAUAAUAAGAAUAAUCUUAAAAGUAACAAUAAAAGUGAUCAAAAUAAUAACAUUAGGAACUAUUCCAAAAAUAACAGCAAAAGUGAUAAUAAAAAUGAUAGUAUAAAUGACAAGAUUGAGAGUAAGGAAAAUAAUAAUAAACCUUGUUAUAAGAAACAAAGUUCUAGUCAUCGUAGUCAGAAAUCACAAAGUAUUAUAGAGGACGAACUGAAAAAACACAAAUUUGAAGACCAUGUUAUAAAUAUAAGAAGGAAAUUAAGCAAGGAAAAAAUGAUCGAUGAUAAUAUUGAUGAAGGAUCAAUAAAAAAUACUAGUAGGAAAAAAGAAAAUUCUUUAUCAAGGUCAGAUGUAUCAUAUCAUAGUAAGGAGGAGGGAAAUAAAUACGAAAAGUAUUCCAAUCUAAGCUUCUUUAAAAAAACGGAUAAAGAUAAUAAAAUAAAUAAGUUUUUUAAGAAUUUAGGAAGAUUUAGUUUUACAACUUCUAAGAAAAAAAAUAAUAAAAGUGUACAAGGAAUUUAUACAAAUGAUAUAAUAUUACAUAGUUUUAGUGAUGAAUCCGACUUAGAAGAAGGAUAUGAACAAAAAAAUAAAACGUAUAAUAAUGAUUCAGAAAAAAUAUACUCCAAAAGUUUUGUAUUAAAUAGUUAUGUUGGUAAGAAAGAUGAAGCUAGUAACAUAAAUACGAGUGAACAGGUUGAUAAUCUGUAUUCUUACAUAAAUAAAUUAAAGAAGAAAAAAGAUAGCAAGGAGUUGGAUAAGACUCAAAAUGAUGAAUCGGUAAUCAAAGAUAAUGGAAGCAAAGUUGAAGUGAAAAAGAGAAAGGAAAAAGAUGAUAAAGAUGAUGAUAAAGAUGAUGAUGAUGAAGAUGAUGAUAAAGAUGAUGAUGAAGAUGAUGAUGAAGAUGAUGAUAAAGAUGAUGAUGGUGAUGAUGAUGAAGAUGACGAUGAAGAUGAUGAUGAUGAUGGUGAAGAUGAUGAUGACUAUAACAAUAAUGGUGACAAUACAAGAAUUAAUUCCAAAAAAGAAGAUAAUAAAAUUUCACAAAAUAAUUAUAAACAUUCGAAUAGUAAUAAUCUUCACGAUAAAAAUGAAAAGAAAGAUAGAAAAAACAAUCCAGAGGAUGAUCAUAUUACUAAUAAUAAUUAUUCAAAUGAUGUGAAUCGAUAUGCCGAAAAUAAAUAUAAUAACGAAAAUAUAUUAUCCCCUAGAUUUGGUUAUAGCACAUCUAAUAAUGAUGCUUUUAAAAACGCUGACAAAUUAUCUGAGAGUAAUUCAAGUAAAGAUGAAAUUUCUGAAUAUAGUUUAAUGGAAAAUAAGAAUAGUAAAAAAGAUAACGGUGAAGAAAAUAAAGGGAAAGUACAGUUUUUUAAGGCACAGAAGGAUGAUUCAAAUAAUAUAAUGGAUAAAAAGGAUAAGAAAAAAAAAGAGAAUAUAAAAGAGAAAAAUGAAGAAACAGGAAAAAAUAAAAGUUCCAGAAGCUCAUCAAAUUCAUCAUUAUUAGAUAAUAUAAAUAGAGACAUGAAUAUAAAUCAUAAACAUGAAAGUUCUGAUAAUGAGUAUGAUGAUGAUGAUAAAGAAAUAAUAAAAUUAUCAGAUGAUAAAACAGAUAAUAAGAAAAUUUCAAGUUUUCAUAGCAAUAAUUAUGAUCAUGAAUAUAAUAAGAAGAAUGCAAAAAGUGGAAUAUCAAGCAAUUUUAUAGAAGAUAAAAAAAGCACAUCUAUAUUUUCAAAAAAAAGUAAAAUGAGAGAAGAAAACUCUUCUAAUUCUGUUGAAAUUAUAAGAUUAUCGAGCUUUAAAUCUAGAAAUGAUUUGAAGAAAAAAAAGAUAGGUGGGAAUAAUGACAAGGAUGAUUCCUUAUCAUGUGAUAAUAUUUCAAAUGGUUAUUUAUCAGAAACAAAAAAAGAUGAUUAUUCAUAUUAUAAUUAUGUUCAAUCAAUUCUACCUUUUGGUAUAUUAGGUAAUAAAGGAUCAAAUGAUUCUUAUUCAAGUAACAGCAUAAAGGAAGACGAGAAAACAUAA